AGAUGGCGAAAUCACAACGGAGUCUAAACUAACAUGUCUUAUCCGACAUAACCGUGUAAACAGUAAAUAAACACGACAUAUCGACACGUUUUGUUAUCGCCAGUGAGAGUCUGCUCCUAAAGUGCCUGGUGCAAGAUGGAGGAAGAAGACACAACGCUGGCUUUGAUCAAGUACUACUGUUACGAAAAGUACUUCAGUCACGCUGCAAACGCCGCAUCAGCUGCACAGAGGACGUACAGCAAUGAUCCCAUCUACACGUUUUUCCACGCUUAUGCAACUCUUAUGCAAGAUCAAAUUCAGGAAGCAGUUGCAGAACUGAACACAAUAAGAGAUGAUGGACACCUGUCUCUCUGCACGUUAAUGGCCCUCGUAUAUGCAGAGAAAAGAAAGGCAAAUCCAGAUAAAGAAAUCAUUCAGGAACUUGAUGCUAAGGUCAAAGAGGAUCGUAAAAGUGCACCUCCUAAGAGUCUGUACCAUGCUGGGACCUUUCUCUGGCUAUUGGGGCGAAAUGAUAAGGCGAGGGAGUACACAGAGAGAAUGAUUAAACUUUCCAAUGGCUCUAAAGAGGGUAUAAUCCUUAAAGCUUGGAUAGAUGUCACAUCUGGGAAAGAUGCCUAUGCUAAAAAGGCUGGAAAAUACUUUGAUGAAGGACUGAAAGAGAGAGGACAUGUUUUUGCCCUCAUGGGAAAGGCACAAUACUAUGAAUAUCGUCAAAACUACUCUGGAGCACUGGAGAUUGUUAACCAGGUAAUAGUGAGUUUCUCUGGGUUCUUACCAGCUCUCAUCAAGAAAAUGAAGCUGUUGCUAAGCCUUCAAGACUGGGAGCAAACCGUAGACGCAGCACACAGGCUUUUACAGAAAGAUAAAAAUAGCCCAGAAGCACUCCGGAUGCUAGCUCUGCAUUCUUUGUGUAGAGAUGGUGAUAUAACCGAGGCGGUGAAGCACUUGUCAAACCUCUUCAGCUGCUUAGACAUGCUGGAACCACAAAACGCUGAGCUCUUCCACAGAAUGUCUCUCGCCUUCACCCGCAUUUGUGGACGCAAUGAAAAAGUCAUGGAGCAGACAUUCAAAAUGGCGGAAAGAGCUUUUUCUUUGGCAUCGGGAGACCCUGAUUUAGCAACCGAGCUGGGUUACCAGAUGGUGCUUCAGGGCCGGAUCAAGGAGGCCAUGAAGUGGUACAAGACUGCUAUUACCAACAGGGAGAAAACUAGUAUCUCAGCUUUGACUGGUAUUGCUCGUUGCCAGUUGAUAGAGGGUCAACUUGAAGAUGCAGAUCAACAAGUGGAAUUUCUCACAGAGAUUCAACAGUCUAUUGGAAAAUCAGGGGAGCUUUUGUACCUACAAGCCCUGCUGGCGGUUAAAAAGCGACGGCCCCCAGAAGAGGUGACCAACCUGCUGAAUGAUGCCGUGGACACACACUUCUCCUCACUGCAGGGCCUGCCGUUGGGAGUGGAGUACCUAGAGAAGAUGAAUCCCGAUUUCCUGCUGGAUAUUGUGAAAGAGUAUCUUGCACUGUGUCCUUCUAAGCCCCCUGCCCCUGGCCAGCCCCCAGCUCCUCAGCUUCAUCACUGCGCCACAUUGCUGGACACUGUAGUCAGAAUUGUGCCAGGUCUCCUUCAUGCCGUCUACCUAACAGGCAAAGUCAGAUAUCGGUCUGGUGACAUAAACGCCGCCCAGAGUAGUCUGCGUCACUGCCUAGACCAGUGUCCAUCUCAUGCAGAAGCUCAUCUGCUAAUGGCCCAGAUCCAUCUGCUGCAGGAUAACGUAUCGCUCUGCAACCAGUCUCUCGAGCUCUGCCUCAGCCACAACUUUGAGAUUCGAGACCACCCACUGUACCACCUGAUUAAAGCCCAGGCUACGAAGAAAAAGGGUGAGCUUGCAGAGACCAUUCAGACGUUGCAGAUGGCCAAGAGUCUUCCAGGAGUCCGUAGAGCUGGAUCUUCAUCCAAGUCAAAGCACAAGAAGACAGAACUGAGCUCUGCUGACUGUGUUUCUGUCUUCUUGGAGUUGGCCGAAGCCCUGUGGCUCAACGGAGAACAGCACGAAGCAGCAAUGGUAAUGCAGGAUGCCAUCAACGAGUUCUCUGGAACACCGGAGGAGCUACGUGUCACUAUCGCUAACGCAGACCUGGCCCUGCUGCGUGGCGACAUGGAGUUGGCACUGAGCAUGCUGAGAAACAUCACACCUGAACAGCCCUACUACAUCCAGGCUAAAGAGAAGAUGGCAGACAUUUAUCUUAAGAACAGAAGAGACAAACAGUUGUAUGCAAGCUGUUACAGAGAAAUGGUGGAGAAGCUGCCGAGUCCUCACACAUAUCUUUUACUCGGUGAUGCCUACAUGAACAUUCAGGAGCCUGAAAAAGCCAUCGAGGUUUACGAGCAAGCUCUGAAGAAGAACCCGAGAGAUGGUGCUUUGGCCAGUAAGAUUGGGAAAGCCCUGGUCAAGACUCACAAUUACAUAAAGGCCAUCAAUUAUUAUGAGGCAGCACUUAAGAGUGAGCAGCAGCACUUCCUGCGCUACGACCUGGCUGAACUUCUGAUGAAGAUGAAGCAAUAUGAGCGCUGUGAGAGAGUCUUACACGAUGCACUGACGCAUGAACCAGUGAAUGAACUACCUGCACUCUCAGAUGAUUGCCGUUAUCUGAUCCUGUUGGCAAAGGUCCAAAAUAAAGUUGAAAAAAAUGAGGACGCUUUACUUUCCCUGCAAAAAGCCAGAGAUGUGCAGGCCAAGGUCCUGAAGCGUGUUCAGUUGGAGCAGCCUGACGCUGUCCCCACACAGAAGCAACUUGCUGCUGAGAUCUGUGCUGAGAUCGCCCGGCACUACACAAGUCAGAGGGGCUAUGAGAGAGCGGUCAAAUUCUACAAAGAAGCUCUUGUGUAUUGUGAGACAGAUCGCAAGGUAAUGCUGGAGUUGGCCCGCCUGUACCUGACUCUGGAUGAGGCCGAUGCCUGCGAGGACCAGUGCCGUGUCAUUUUGAAGAAUGACCAGUUCAAUGAAGAUGCAACUUUGAUGAUGGCAGACAUUAUGUUUAGGAAGCAACAAUACGACAAGGCAGUUUUACAUUUUCAACAGCUUCUGGAGCGCAAACCAGACAACUACCCGACUCUGUCGCGCCUCAUUGACUUGUUGAGAAGGGCUGGCAAGUUGGAAGAAGUCCCCAGAUUUCUUGAUAUGGCUGAAAAACAUUCUUCGAGGACUAAGUUUGAACCUGGGUUUAACUACUGCAAAGGCCUCUAUCUGUGGUACACGGGAGAGCCAAGUGAUGCUCUUCGACAUUUUAACAAGGCUCGCAAAGACAAUGACUGGGGUCAAAAUGCCAUCUAUAACAUGAUUGAAAUCUACCUGAACCCUGACAAUGACACAAUCGGAGGAGAAUUAUUUGAGAAUUUAGAUGGUGAAAUUGGCAAUUCCACAGAGAAGCAAGAGUCGGAGCAGCUCGAUUUAAGAACAGCAGAGAAGCUGCUCAAAGAGAUAAAGCCUCAGACGCCAGGCGGACACGUACAGCUCCGGAUCCUGGAGCACUACUGCCUUCUUGCAACUAAGCAGAAGGCCAAUGUAGAGAAAGCCCUCGGUGUUUUCACAGAGAUUGCAAACAAUGAGAAAGACCACGCACCAGCACUCUUGGCCAUGGCAACAGCUUACAUGAUGCUAAAACAAACUCCAAGAGCCAGGAACCAGCUCAAACGGAUAGCAAAGAUGAACUGGAACAUUGCUGAUGCUGAUGAGUUUGAGAAAAGCUGGCUCCUCCUGGCAGACAUAUACAUCCACUCUGGGAAGUUUGACAUGGCCGGGGACCUCUUACAGAGAUGCCUGAAUCAUAACAAGUCAUGCUGCAAGGCUUAUGAAUAUCAAGGGUACAUAAUGGAAAAAGAGCAGGCAUUCCGUGAUGCAGCACUAAAGUAUGAAUUGGCUUGGAAAUAUGGAAAUCGGACAAACCCAACUAUUGGAUACAAACUUGCUUUCAACUACUUAAAAGCAAAGCGGCAUGUCGAUGCCAUAGAUGUGUGUCACAAGGUUCUUGCUGCUAAUCCAAAUUAUCCCAAAAUGAGAAAGGAAAUCCUGGACAAAGCACGUGCCGCCUUGAGAUCAUAGUGUCAAACCUCUGGGGACGUGUGUAAAAGGGUUGUGAGAAAAGACACAUAUGAAACCAAUGUUUAUGUAAUAAAAUGGGUUACCCUUUUUUUUUUCGUUGAUAUUGCUGUCAAGUUGAAAAUGUACAGAUGUUUGCCUGCCUUCUUUGGGAAGAGAGUGAAAUGUGUGCUCAUGGACAUUUUCUACAUGAUGCUUAACAAUCCAACAGGAAAACAAAGAGACAUUCAGGCUUGAGCACAACUGACAGCUUUAAGACACGAAACAGCUAUAAAAACAGUUUGGGCUGCUACAGAAGGGGAAGUCAGUGAGGGGAAUUUUCUAUUGUUUCUUAAAUCUACAAAACUAUUCAGAAUAUUGUCAUUGUUGUUAAUGUUGAUUUAACAUUUAAAAUGUCUUUUGAUCCUUUUUUUUCUUUCAAAA